UAUUUAUUUAUAAGUGCACGCCGGAAGGUUGGGUUGGGUCACAUGAACAGAGUUUACCCAAUCAGAGCGCUGACAGUCUCCUCGCGGUUUUGGUUCAAAUCUGCAGAGAGACGGAUCUGACCAGCCUACAACGUAAGCCCUCUGAUUAGCCAGCUAACACCGAGGAGCUUAGGAGCUGGGAACAGACACGCUUCUCUAAGUGUGAUCACAGUCUGUCGGCUGUCAGCUAACAAUGGCGGAGGGAGAGGUGGAGUGGGAGUUAUGCAAAGAGAACAUCCAGCCUCUGAAACGUGGCCGAGACAUCUCCACCCUGCACCAAGCACUCAGCCAGCAGCAAGAGGGCACCACUAGUGCCAUCAACCAACAAAAGCAAGCAUACGAGUUAGAGCUUCGGAUGUAUGAUGGAGAUGACCCUCUGGAUGUCUGGGAUAGGUACAUAAAGUGGAUAGAACAGACAUACCCACAGGGUGGUAAGGACAGCGGUUUGAAUAUUCUUCUAGAAAGAGCAGUCAUGAAGUUUACAGAAGAAAAAAAGUAUCACAACGAUUCCCGUUAUGUUGACCUUUGGAUCAAAUUUACAGAAAGCUGUUCUGAUCCACUGGAUGUCUACCGGUACAUGCAAGCUCAGGGAAUAGGGACAAUGCAGGCGUCGUUUUACAUUGCAUGGUCUGAGGAGUAUGAGAAAAGGGGAAACUCACGGAUGGCGGACAGCGUAUUCCAGGAAGGUUUAAAGUGUGGGGCUGAACCUCUAGACAGACUACAGCAAUUUCACAAGGCUUUACAGGCACGUGUGUGUAGGCAAAUGAUGACAUCAGCACUUAAUCAGGAACUCGAUGAUGAGCUUCAUGAUCCUCAGAGGGCUUCACUCGCAGAGCUGAAAGCCAAAGGAAAGAAGAAAGCUGUUGCUCCUAUCAAUAGGGUGGCUGGAACUGUAGGCUAUGCCAGGGGGCUGCAGUUUAAACAACCACUCAGGCCAGGUCAGAACAGUCGACUCGUGAUAUUUGAUGAGAAUAAGGAGCACCCUGAGCCGCAGGAACUCAAAGAAAGUUGGCCAGCCCCUCCAACUGCUAGGGCCAAGGAGAAUGAACAGAAACCUGAUAAAUGGAGUAAUGCUAAGUUGCCUCAGAAGUCCCGCUUUGGCCACAGUGUCAUCGCUCCGCCACCCAAGCCAAAUUUCCAACCCUUUGUUGAGGAGAGUGAUCAGCCUCCUGUUGUAACCCCAUGUAAGAUAAACCCAGCAGUGAACACUGUUCUAUCAGCCAGGAAGCCGCGUCGUGAGGAGCAAACACCACUGAAGAGGCUACAAGAGUUGCAGCAGCACAUGCAGCUCCAGCAGGAAGAUGAGGACAAAAGUGGAGAGAAGAGCAUGUACUGCAAGGAGCUGCUGUUCAGUGGGGUCACCGAGCUUUCCUUCGAAGAGCUGCGUGCUGAGCGAUUCCGCCAGAAAUGCAGCCAGAAACCGGAAACUGCUUGCAGCGAAGAAGAGCCUCAUACUAGUCAAAAUGACUGACCAGGGCAUAUAGUUUAGAUUUAGACAGUCAGUGUUGUUUUUUUAUGUUUGUCCUGUUGUUUGUAGCUAAAGAAAUAGAAUCUGAGGAGUUGUGGUGUUGUUGAUCGCUGGUAAUGUUUCAGUACCUGGGACCUUCUCAUUCAAAUAUACUGAUGCUUGACCGAUGACCAGAUUUCUAUUUCUAUAGUUAUACUUAUCCAUGUGUUUUUGUACAUAUAGUUUUUUUAUAUAUAAAACCACUCUCACUGUCUUGUUGUUUUAGCAAUUAAGUGGCUGUCUAGUAUAAACCUUUUAUAUUAAAAAGCUCUUGCAGUUUUUGAGCAUGUUGACACUGCUACUGUAUGACCUACACCUUGAAGAGAACAGCAUUUUAAUAAACACAAGCAGUUUGUAAGCAGUGCU